AUUUAUUCUGGAAAUCAUAACCGGAAAUGAAUUGUGCUAGUGCUAACUUGUGCUCUAGCCCGUGCUACUUCAUUCGUAGCAAGAUCUGUUCAACGGACACAUAAUCCCUUAUUACAGAACACUAUGAAUCAAGAGAAGCUAGCCAAACUUCAAGCUCAGGUCCGGAUAGGAGGAAAGGGGACGGCCCGCAGGAAGAAAAAGGUUGUUCACAAAACAGCAACAGCUGACGAUAAGAAACUGCAGGGCUCUCUGAAGAAGCUGGCAGUGAACAACAUAGCAGGAAUAGAGGAGGUGAAUAUGAUCAGAGACGACGGGACGGUGAUUCACUUCAACAACCCCAAAGUUCAGGCUUCGCUGUCGGCCAACACCUUCGCCAUCACAGGCCACGCCGAGACCAAGCAGCUGACGGAGAUGCUGCCGGGCAUCCUGAGCCAGCUGGGGGCCGACAGCCUCAGCAGCCUGCGCAAGCUAGCAGAGCAGUUCCCACGGCAAUCAAUGGAGCUGAAAGCCGUGAAAGAAGAAAAUGCAGAAGAAGAAGACGACGACGUACCAGAUCUUGUGGAGAACUUCGAUGAAGCAUCCAAAAACGAGGCGAACUGAUGACAUUGUUCUUCUUCAGCCUGAUUUUUUUUAUAUCUUUUUUCUUUUUUUUUUUUUUUUUUUUUUUUUUUUUGUUUAAAGUUUUGCAGACUUGCAAAAGUCAUUUCCUCUGGUGGGGAAACUGUUUAAGGUGCAGUGCAUCACCUACAGAUAAGUGAAUCAUUUAGUGUCGACGUUCUGCAGAAACAGAAACAUCAUAUAGAGUUUUGGUAGAAAUCGUGACACUCAAAAGACUCACAACUACUUAGGAAAUAAGCUUCUGACGUGAUGAAACAGGUGGUAUUUAAGAGAUUCUUUAAAUGAUGAUUAAAGUUAGUGAAUGAUGUAAGUAGCGUUAUAACAAGGAUUGUGCAUUUAAUAAAACCAUUUUGGGCUA